CCUACUUUGCGACUGCUCUGGUUUAGAUGGAUUAAGAACACAAUAGUUUUACUGAUAUCCAACGACUCUCGUUCUUUACUACGGAUAUGCUUGGCGGAAAUUCUUCCGACCUAAGCAUCCACGUGGGAAUUUUUCGUGCCUACUUCUCUCCUUUAGUAGCAGCUUUGGGGUUAAUUGGAAACGCGUUCAUUAUUGCUGUGUUUUCAAUGGAAAAUCCACGGACGCGCUUUUCAAUUUACGCUAUUUCACUGGCCAUAGCUAACGCGAUAACUCUACUCACGAACACCGUGUUUGAUGAUUUCCUUGGUCGAGGACUUUAUUAUGCCACCAAUCAGAAACACUAUUACAAGCUUGAUUCGACUUCUGAGUUUGGAUGCAAAUUCGUUGAGUACCUUUCAAAUGUGAUGUUUUUCACCACCUCAUACAUAACGGUGAUAUUUUCUCUCGAUCGCCUGUUGACAAUACUUAGGCCGAUCGCGUUGUAUUCGAUAUAUCAUAAACGCUGGGCUGUUGGGGCGUGCAUUACUAUCACGCUGCUUGGAUUUAUCAGUAACACCCCUUUAAUCUUUGUUCAGACACUCAUGGUGGAUGUGGCAAGCAGAACAAAUUUUACCUGUCGUAUGAUCGAAGAACACACCCUGGCGAAAUUCAGUGUCACAUUCGAAGUGAUAUGUACAUAUGCAAUUCCAUUUUGCGUGGUGCUGCUGUUGAAUACUUUGAUAUUUUACCGUCUAUGGAAAUUAAAACACGAACGGAGACAUCUCCUACCAAGUGAUAGAAUUGGAGAUCAGUUGGAAAUGGGGAGAGUGGCUGGACAUCUGGCUUCGAGUACUGCAUUUCUUUUGCUAUACAUGCCAGUGGUUUGUUUUGUGGUGAUCCGCUUGCAUCUUACGUUGGUGCGUCUGGAUCGUCACAGUCCGUACGCCUUGAGUAUCAUCGAUUUGUCCCGGCUUUUCUCUUCUGUCAAGGAUAUUACUUAUGCUGUGAACUUCCCGAUGUAUUUAAUAUUUCUCUCCAACUUUAGGCGACGAUUUGUUGCCACAUUUUGCCCAUGUGUUACAACGAGUCGGGAUGAAACGAGACCAAUCUCGAUGAAUUGGGGAAGCAGAAAGGCAAGACUUGCUCACACAACGGUUGGUGUACAAGCAGUGCCCAUCUGAGCAACCCCGACGUCGUCCGUACUCUGUCCAUGUGUUUCCACAGCAAUCACAUUGAUUUUGACAAAGGCAGGUGUAAUAAUCGAAAUUUGCGCCAAAGUAGUCGCCAAUUAAUCACUCCCACUAAUUGAUAACACUCAAACUCGGAUUGUGUAGCCCACACCAUUGCUUUGUGAGUGUAUUUUUCAUCCAAAAGACGGGUAUCAAAUCCAUUCAAAACCACCCAAUAACCGAUGAACCGCGAGCAAAACAAAUGUUAAAGAACACUGAGUAAGUGUGCGAAAGUUCAGCCGUUGAAGCUGCUAAAGGAAAUGGGGAAGUGGGACAGGAAGUGAUUUGGACGAUUGGAAAACUAUCCGACUGAACAUAAAACGACACCAUUUGGAAUCGGAGUAUUUGUAUACACACCUGUCACUGGGCUGGCCAGCAGAAUUGCGGUUUUCUGCAAAGUAUUGCAACACCACAUGUGCAAGUUGUGUAACAGGUGAGCUGAGAGGACUUAACAGAUCACAUGCAGAAACGUGCCACCAGGCAGUGUUUUAAUAAAUCAUAGUAGUAAGUUCUGUCUAAUCUCCCUCAAUCGUGAUAGGGCAACACUUUGCCAGGUGGAACAACCUCAACUGGUUAGUGGGGGGGGGAGGUGUGGAUGACAG